UUUGUUUAUGGCGGUGAAAAAAUUGCCUGCCAUGAUUUGAAGAGAGUUCUCCUCAACCCUGACUAUCGGGACCGCCUCCCUCCUGAUAAAGUUCAUGAGUUGGCAGAUCUGUGUGACUUCAACAUGGGCAGGGCCAUCAAAUAUGAAGAGUUUUCCAAUAUAGUAAGAAUGGGGGCUAACAAAAAUAUGCAACUGCAUAAUGAUAUUUUCCUAAUGGAUAAGAUUUUCAAGUAGAAUUUGAUGGUUUAUUGGAGAAUAAAAAGUGGUGGUUGGGGGGGGGGAUCAGAUACUUUGUGGCUCUAAUAGUAUAAUCAGAAAUGAUAAGAUAAUUUUACGGCAUGAAAGAACACAUUUGAUGUGCAGGCAGUCCAGUGGUUACAGGCAUAUUCAUGUGCUGCUCUGUACUUACAAAUGGUCAACCAAGAUUCACCUGAGGGAUGUUUUAUAAUUAGAUAAUUAAAUUAUUGAUUUUUGGAAGCUUGUUUAUUGUUCAUGAGAACAAACCAAAGUUUUUAUAUCUUUAGGUUUCAGGUGGGCAUGUCAUAAUAACAUAAGCUUAGUUAUGCUCACAAAUAUUCACAUCAAAACAUAGGAUACACAAUUUUCUUUAUCCACUAAAACUGUAUUGAUUUAGAUUCAAAUCAACAAAGUUACAUAAUCUAUGGACUUCUACUCAAAAAGUUACGGUAAGAUAAAAAGUUGAAUCUGGCCUCAUUUCCUUGUAGGUUCUGGGUAAACAUAAUGAUGAUGACAGCAGCAGUUACGGCUCGCAGAGGGGACUGAAAGACAGGAAAAAAUCUAUGGGGAAGUUUGCCGAAGUGCUGAGUGUGGCGUGUACAAAUACUACUCAACAGCUCAUGGUCGACGAGCACCUGGUGAAAUACAAGUGUCUACCUCCCCCUUUCUUUAUGAUCAGUGUUACACUUGCCCAGGUGAGUAGAACUUAUAAGUUUUGAGAAUGUCUGAAUUGACAUUGGUCAUGGUUUCAUAAAAUAGUAAUUAAGUAAAUUGAUUAAAAUUGUAUUUCAAUUGUAACAAAUAGAUGUAAUAAGAUAAGGGAGAUAAUGUCCAUCAGCUGACAGUUUUAGGUGAAAUGAGUUUCAAGCUACAUUUUACUAAUUUAUCUUACAGUGCAGCCAUUUUAUGUAAACAAUAAAUCAUGUUUCUGUCCAUUGUUUAUGCAAUGUACACAUCAAACUACAGAUUUGAGCACGUAAGACCUAUAUAGCAUUGCCAGCUAACCCAAAAAAUGAAAUGUGUUUUUUUUUGUUCACUAGAUUAUUGUGUACAUUGUGUACACAUCAAAGUCUGGUUGGUACACAGAUGCUCUUGACAGCAUUGCAAGCCAGCAGAACGAACUCAUGUACUACCCUAACAGAAGGCACGAGGCAUGGAGAUAUAUUUCCUACUGGCUCUUACACCAGGGGUAGGUUGUGGUUUCAUACUAUCUCAUAGACCAUGAGGGUACGAUGAUGUACUAAAUGUAUCUCUUACUGGCUUUUACACCAGGGGAUAUUUUGAGAUGAACUAUUUGUAAACCUCUUUUCACACAUUGUGUGGGUUGUGUUACAUGUUGGUAAUUGAGUUAAGUUUUUCCCAGGAGGCUCUGGAAGGUUCUGAACCUUUUUUGCAGCUGUGCUUUUCUCAGACCUGUUUACUAUAAAGAUUUUGAGAGGCAUACAUUAUACAUAUACUGGAUGUUUGUGUUUUUACUAUUAAGACAAUGUAUUGAACGAUUUUGUGAUGACAUUGUACGAUUUUAAGAGUUUGAGGGUAAACAGGUCUGCUUUCUUCAACAGUUUCAUAAAUGAACAAAUUAAUAAGACAAUAGUGGCGAGAGACUAAAUAUUCCUCCUGUACAAAAAAAUAAUUAAAUUUGAUUAUUCAGCUACAUUUAUCUCUGUUCAAUUGAAACUGGAAAGUUAACUAUUUCCAUGUUUGUCACAGGUUUAUCGAUCUGAUCUUCAAUGUUGUCUUACAAAUUGUCCUGGGAGUGCCGCUAGAGAUCAUGUUCUCCUGGUGGAGGAUGGCCAUUGUCUGGUGCAUGGGCAUUUUGGCAGGUGGGUUGAGUCACUUUGAAAUCAUCUUUAAGUGUUCGUUGGUUAAAUUAUGCCUAAAAUAUUGAAAUAGAUUAUGGAGCUCUUAAUAGACUUCUAAUGGACUGAACUUUUUCCAAGCCUGUUUAUCUCAUGAGUCACUUAGAAGAUAAUUAAAGAAAGCACUUGGCAUUUUUGAGUAUUUUACCUUUUUAUUCCGUUCAGAUAUUGAUGUGAACAAUUCACAGCACUGCGCCUUUUGCAGAAAGAAGACAACUUUCAUUUUUUAAAUACAUUUUGAUUUUCAUGGCUUUACUGCAACACUUUUCAUGGCUUUACUGCAACACUUUUCAUGGCUUUACUGCAACACUUUUCAUGGCUUUACUGCAACACUUUUCAUGGCUUUACUGCAACACUUUUCAUGGCUUUACUGCAACACUUUUCAUGGCUUUACUGCAACACUUUUCAUGGCUUUACUGCAACACUUUUCAUGGCUUUACUGCAACACUUUUCAUGGCUUUACUGCAACACUUUUCAUGGCUUUACUGCAACACUUUUCAUGGCUUUACUGCAACACUUUUCAUGGCUUUACUGCAACACUUUUUAUGCAGACUUUCCGGCCUUGCUUUUCUAAUGAAAUUAUUAAUAUGAAAGUUUGUAUAAGACAUUGCAUCUUUUUCAGGCUCACUUGGUCAUUCACUGACCGACCACUAUGAAGGAUUGGCCGGGGCUGCUGGUGGAGCAUAUGCUAUCAUGGCUGCCCACUGCUUGAUGUUGUGGACUGUAAGUUCUGGCCUAGUGAACAUAGACAUGUACCCUCUCAUCUCAGUCAAAUAGACUCAAACAACACUUGACAUGUUCCCUGUCAUACCAAUCAAAAUAUCUCGGAACACAUUGACUCAUUUACCAUCUUAUCAUUCUGAUCGACUCAAACAACAUUUACAUGUUCGUUAUCAUUUACAACAAAUUUCCUCAGUGCGCAAAGACAAGUUCCAUAACAUCAAAUAAUAUCAGUACUAAUUGAAAUGUUCCCUUUUUAUUUGACCUCAUCUCAAGUACAUUGACAUGUUUCUUAUUGAAUAAAUCAAUUAGAUUCCCUGUAAUAUAACACAUGACAGUUCCCGCAGAUCACCUGUUAGCAUUGUCGAUUGUUUGACCCUUACAUUCCUUUUCUAUUUAUAGGACCGAACUCGUCUCAAUGACGACUUGACCCAUUCAAGAAACAGGAGAAUUCUGUGCAGCCUGCCUUUACGCAUCUGUUUCAUGUUGCUGAUAUGUGAGUUGGUUUAUGUAUGUUUAUAUGUGAGUUGGUUUAUUUAUGUUGAUACAUGAGUUGUUGAUACAUGAGUUAGUUCAUUUAUGUUGAUACAUGUAUUAGUUUAUUUAUGUUGAUACAUGAAUUAGUUUAUUUAUGUUGAUACAUGUAUUAGUUUAUUUAUGUUGAUACAUGAAUUAGUUUAUUUAUGUUGAUACAUGAGUUGGUUUAUUUGUUGAUUCCCAUGGUUACAAAUUAGUGCUGAGAGUGUUGGGGAUUUAGUUUGACUGCAAGUGUUUGCACAACAACCUGUGUGGAUAGUUGUCAUAGGGAAUCUCCAAAAAACUGGGAUUGAACUUAAUGGGUUAACUUUUCAAUGUCCAUGAUACUAUAGGUUGCUAAUCAUAGAACCUGUACUGAACCUUGAUCAUUUUAAACAAAUUUAUUUUUGUUAGGAACGGGGUAUUUUGUUUGUGAUCCUCAUUCUUCUGUCAGACAUCCCCUCUGGCAGGCCAGGUGUGUCAGACAUCCCCUCUGGCAGGCCAGGUGUGUCAGACAUCUCCUCUGGCAGCCCAGGUGUGUCAGAUAUCCCCUCUGGCAGGCCAGGUGUGUCAGACAUCUCCUCUGGCAGGCCAGGUGUGUCAGACAUCUCCUCUGGCAGGCCAGGUGUGUCAGACAUCUCCUCUGGCAGGCCAGGUGUGUCAGACAUCUCCUCUGGCAGGCCAGGUUUCAUUGUAUUUCCUAACUAUUAUUACUUGAUGAAACUUGAGAAUAAGUCUUGUUAUGAACAUUCCUGCAGAUUCUUUGUUAACUAUUUCAGUCAUUCCCCAAGUCUCCCUGGCUGUGUACAGACGCUGGUUCCUUGACCCCAUCCACGUCAGGGUUGGAAUAGCCGCCCACAUUUCUGGACUACUGGCAGGUAGGCUACUUCACUUCAACCACUUGUGUGGUGACUUAGGAGGCUAUUUAUCAACUAUUAAUUGGUAGGGAACGCCCAAUGUGUCAUCAAGUCUUGAUCCUGUGCAUGGGUCACUCAUUGCUGUGAAUACCAUACAGAACACAUGUUGUUGAUCAGGAGGUCAAGGGGCCAUCCAUAUAGUACACAUGUUGUUGAUCAGGCAGUCAAGGGGCCAUCCAUAUAGUACACAUGUUGUUGAUCAGGCAGUCAAGGGGCCAUCCAUAAUAGUACACAUGUUGUUGAUCAGGCAGUCAAGGGGCCAUCCAUAAUAGUACACAUCUUGUUGAUCAGGCAAUCAAGGGAUCAUCCAUAAUAGUUCACAUGUUGUUGAGCAGGCAAUCAAGGGAUCAUCCAUAAUAGUACACAUGUUGUUGAUCAGGCAAUCAAGGGGCCAUCCAUAAUAGUACACAUGUUUUUGAUCAGGCAAUCAAGGGAUCAUCCAUAAUAGUACACAUGUUGAUCAGGCAGUCAAGGGGCCAUCCAUAUAGUACACAUGUUGUUGAUCAGGCAGUCAAGGGGCCAUCCAUAUAGUACACAUGUUGUUGAUCAGACAAUCAAAGGGCCAUCCAUAAUAGUACACAUGUUGUUGAUCAGGCAGUCAAGGGGCCAUCCAUAAUAGUACACAUGUUUUUCAGCCAAUCAAGUAUAGUACACAUGUUGUUGAUCAGGGAGUCAAGGGGCCAUCCAUAUAGUACACAUGUUGUUGGUCAGGCAGUCAAGGGGCCAUCCAUAAUAGUACACAUGUUGUUGAUCAGGCAGUCAAGGGGCCAUCCAUAAUAGUACACAUCUUGUUGAUCAGGCAGUCAAGGGGCCAUCCAUAUAGUACACAUCUUGUUGAUCAGGCAAUCAAGGGGCCAUCCAUAAUAGUACACAUGUUGUUGAUCAGGCAAUCAAGGGGCCAUCCAUAAUAGUACACAUGUUGUUGAUCAGGCAAUCAAGGGGCAUCCAUAUAUAAUAGUACACAUGUUGUUGAUCAGGCAAUCAAGGGGCCAUCCAUAUAGUACACACUGUGUGGAUGCUCCCUAAUCUUAUUACUAUUUUUCACUGCAGUAAAUAAUGUGUUAUGGUUUUGAUCUAUUUGAAAUGCAGAUUGAAAUUAGCUUGGCCUUAAUGAAGAUGGAAAUAGCCUUGAACUUAUUACAGAUUUAAUUGACCCUGAUCUUCAUGUCUGUCCACAUAUAAAAGGGGGGGGGCAUGAAAAGUUGCCACUGACUUUGUUUUUAAAAAAAAAUUUAAUGACCUUAUUCAAAAAGUUACCUUAUAUGAUUUCAUUUCCUCUGUCAGGUCUGGUCAUUGCUGAGCCAUUCCUGAAGGACAUCAAACGGCUUCCGUGGCAGGACAGGUCAGGGUUCAUGGCCUUGUUCAUCUUCCUUAUGUUUGUUGGUGGCACGGUCAUCUUCAACAUUGUUUACAAUGGCUACCCCGAGGAGGUCUAUAUUUAGAACAUCAUGAAUGGUGAAUUGUAGGCUAAUGAUUAGUGCAGUGGUUCACAAACUGGAAACUCAAGAAAUGUCUUGGGAGACAUUCUUGUGACAGUGCUGUAUACAUAAAUGUCAGCUGAUCUCCACAACAAAAGAAUCUAAUUUAUUUGAAUGAAGAUGUUGAAGCCUCCUAUCAUACAUGUCCAAACAUUGACCUCCAGUCUAUUCACUUCUUAAAUCCAGUCCCUGAUUUUGUAAUAGUUUGUAUGGGCCCCAUCCAACCUUUGUUUUCAUCAAAGCUAUGUGGCCCAGUGUUUUGAUACACCCUAGAACAUGGAUCUACCCAGUAGAUCUAUGUGGCCCAGUGUUUUGAACACCCUAGAACAUGGAUCUACCCGGUAGAUCUAUGUGGCCCAGUAAUUUGAUACACCCUAGAACACUGGUUCUCAACCUGUUGGUCGCUACCCCUUUGGGGGGUCAAACGACCCUUUUGACAGGGGUUGCAUAAGACCACCAGAAGACACAUAUACUCUACAGAUAUUAAAGAAAAUAAUUUUAUGGUUGGGUGUCACCACAACAUGCAGAACUGUAUUAAUGGGUCGCUGCAUUAAGAAGGUUGAGAACCACUGCCCUAGAACAUGUAUCCCCAGAAGAUCUCUGAGACGUUGAUACCCGAUGACAUACAAAGAUGACAUUACAACAAUAAAAACAACGAUAUAGCUAGCUUCACUGAAUCGAAAGCUUCCAAUCCAACAUUCCAACUAGCUCUCUUACAUACCUGUUUGCACCUUCCAGGCAAGGCAACAAUUUAGAGAGGGGGGGGAAAAAAAAGGAAAACUUUGAAACAUUGUACAGAACAAAACAUUGAGUCCAACUUUUCAGCUGAAGGCCUUCUCUGGUCAACAAAAGUUAAGAAAAGAGAUAAGCCUGAAAAGAGAACUGUAACUUAGGACAUAGGCAAAAUUUAAGUGGAGCAUACUCUAAAAUCGUUUUUUUAUUUUGUAUGUUUCAUGCUGUAAUAACACCAGCUGAGAUGGCGAUAUGCUUGCGUUGGCACAGUUGGUGAAAACAAGGAAUGGAUGUUACUGACUCAAAGUCAGACCCAUUAUUUUAAACGACUUCAAUCUACUUUUGUCUUCAGAUUCAGGGCCAUCAAGAGAAUAAUUUUGUUAUACUGUUGUGAUCAAACAAAACCUGUUGAUAAAAUUUGUUAGUAAAAGCAGGCAUGUUAUUAUUUUAUGUACUUGUAAAUUUUCUUUUGUUUAACAUUACUUAUCAAAAGUACUGGCACUUUUAUUUGAUGUAUGUAAAUACUUACUUAUACUAUGAAUUCUAUACACAUUUGAUUUGAUGUUUCUGACAAAACGGCCAUUUAUACAUACCCAGAGUUACCCCCCAUCUAAUUCUAAUGAGAAAACAUUUUCCAUAAAUUAUUAAAAUUGUUCCAUCAGUAUUUUAAAGCCAUGUUUUCAAUUUGAAAUCCAUUUCAUGAUCACAAUAUUUGAUAUUCUAUACUUUACUUUAUGUUUUUUUAAUACAAUAUUUUUCUCUAUAUAGAGAUAUACACUUUGUCUCUAUAUAUAGAUCUGCAAAUUAAUGGGACAAUUUAUUGCCCGAGUGUUAUUUUUAGAUCACUAUUUUACCUCGUUUAUGUAAUGCUGGUCAUGUGGGUACAUUAAAGGUGAUAUUUUUUAUCUUGCCAAAGUGUCCUCGUUUUAUAGUAUAGCC